GCAAUCUAAUCACGGACGGAGGGGGGGGUGGGGGAUCUUGGGGAAGAAGGGGCAUGAAGCGAUGGAUAUCCGAGGGCGGGGAGGGGAGUGUAGUGGAUAGAUCGGUGGAUGCAAGGGAAACGGGGGUACUCGUGUUGAUGGGGAAGCGAGGCGAGGUAGUCGGGAUAGAAGGUGGAGAUGGUGCGAUGGAGGGCCGCGCGAAAGUUUUCAUAGUUUUCGCAGGCGGGAAUCGUACCCGAGAUAAUACAAUAGACUUCUAUGUUAUUGUAUUCCCGCCAGUUCGCGCUAAAGAAAAGGACAUGGAGAAGGAAGGAAUUGACGAGGGAGCGAGUGGUGGAGUGCGGGACGAUGGUGAUCAGGAGACGGGUGGUGUAGAGUUGAUGGAAGAGGGUAGGCGGGAAAGGACACCAUCCAUCGGGAAAAAGGAGGUCGACCCGGGAGGCGCCGCCCAGUGGGUUUCGUUUCUUCAAAUGAGUCAUGACCUUCUCCGACAAAAAGUGGAUGAGCUGAGGCUGGUGGCUGAUGGGGGGAACACACUGCCAUAUCUCACACACCAGAGCAUGAUGCAGAACCUUAUGCACAUUAUCACGAAGCUAGAGGAGGGGCCAACUUCUUAUUUGGCAAGGUUUAUUGACCAUCGACAGACGACGACUUUGAUGCGACACUGCUACACAGUCUUUGAGGAGGGGCAAGCACUGUGCACCGUGUCCAUGAAGCACUGGUAUGCUCGGUUAGAUCUGGAGGAGGAGGACGAUCCGCCAUCAUCACCCGCAACACCUAUGCAAGUGGCAGGAUGUCCAUGCAUCGACAUCAACAAAAACAACAACAACAACAACAACAACAACAACAACAACAACAACAACAAUAACAACAACAACAACAACAACAUCAACAAUAACGACAACACCGACAAUAUCGUUGCUGCAGCUACCGGUCCCUUUCAUGGCGAUUCUGGCGACAACGACAAUAUCAUUGUUGCUGCUGCCGGUCCUUUUGAUAGUGAUUCUGACGAGCUUGACGGCAUCAUCAAUCAUGACAACACCAACAACAACGACAUCGGCAGCAUUGUUGUCGGUAUGAUCUCACAGUCGUGUGUUGAUGAAAGAGGCAGCAACAACAACAACAACAACAACAACAAUAACGAUGACAACAACAACAGCAACAACGUUAACAACAACAACAACGGUAUCGCAGAGGCCACCAAUUUUGGUAACGGUGAUUUUGACAUUGGCGAGAUCGGCGAUACCAUCAGUUACAACAACAACAACAAUAUUGAUUACGACAACAACAAUAAUAACAACAAUUACAAUAGUAACAGCAACGAUCGAAUCAUCGAUAGGGCGGCUGGUGAAAUCGACAUCAACAAUAACGUGGUGAGUGUGCCGGGGGAUGAGCGACAACUCUUUUCUCCUCUUGCCCCCUUCUCUUCUCUGUUCUGGCUGCCGCUUAUGGAAUGGGGGGUGUGGAAAGGCGCAUUGUGGUGGCGAGAAGGAGUGGGGUAGGGAUAGGAAUUCCAGUUGGUUUUUGUCGACAGUUAAUAUUGUCAUAUCUUCGCCUGUCUUGUUUCGAUCGA